AUGGCUCUCGUCGUUCGCUUCCUGACCAAACGGUUCAUCUGGGAGUACGACCCGACACUAGAGUCUACGUAUCGUCACCAAGCUACCAUUGAUGAUGAAGUGGUUUCCAUGGAGAUACUAGACACAGCUGGCCAGGAGGAUGCUAUUCAGAAAGAAGGACACGUGCGAUGGGGCGAAGGCUUCGUGCUGGUUUACGACAUCACGGACAGAGGCAGCUUUGAGGAAAUGCUGCCGCUUAAGAACUUGUUGGAUGAAGUUAAAAAGCCAAAAAACGUCACCCUGAUCCUGGUGGGGAACAAAGCAGACUUGGAUCACUCCAGGCAAGUGAGCACAGAGGAAGGUGAAAAGCUGGCCACAGAACUAGCAUGUGCUUUUUACGAGUGCUCCGCUUGCACGGGAGAGGGCAACAUCAUGGAGGCCUUCUACGAGCUGUGCCGGGAGGUGCGGCGGCGAAAGAUGGUGCAGGGCAAGACUCGGAGACGAAGCUCCACCACCCACGUCAAGCAGGCAAUUAAUAAGAUGCUUACCAAAAUCAGCAGCUAAAAAGAGCUGUACUAAGCCAGAGAAGCAGAGCACAUUUCAUUAAGAAUGGUCAAAGCUUUGCAAUUUACAAAAGACAGACACCACCACUUUUUUUAAAUAACAUGGAGUCAUACAAUGUUCCUGUUUUGAAAUGUAUUUAGCCACACUGCUUCUGGCUAA